AAAAAAUCUUUUGGGGGAACAACAGCGCAUGAAUCCUGCUUUCAUCUGCCCUCGCACUUGAUACUAUUAGCACACUCCCUUGUUGUGCAGUGCACACAGCAAUGUCGUCCAUCGCAGCGCGAAGCUUGCUCCGAACAACCACCAGAAGCCUAAGCCGGAGCAGCAAAGCUCCGCUCUGCACGUCAAGCAGACUCGCUCAGACAGGUCUUAAGGCUGCCCGAUCGCCCUUCACUCAGCUCCAAUCCGCCAGAGCUUUCUCGACCACAAUGGCUCCUCAAUCGGGUGCUCCGCCGCCAGGCAAGGCGCCUGAGUAUGAUCCAGAAAUCAAAGAUAUGGCAGACUACAUUCACAACUACAAGAUCACCUCAGACCUCGCUAUCGAUACGGCACGCUUCGUCUUCCUCGACACAAUCGGUUGCGGUCUCCGAGCUCUCGAAUUUCCUUCUUGCACAAAGCUCCUCGGCCCAGUAGUGCCAGGAACCACAGUGCCGAACGGUACUCGCGUGCCUGGCACUCCAUAUGUGCUCGACCCCAUCAACGGCGCUUUCAACAUCGGGGCCAUGAUCAGAUGGCUGGACUUCAACGACUGCUGGCUGGCUGCUGAGUGGGGCCAUCCAUCCGACAACUUAGGUGCGAUCCUCGCUGUUGCAGACUGGGCAAACAGGACGAACAAGGCAGGAACACAAAAGAUUGGCAAUGGACAGCAGUUCAAAAUCCACGAUAUACUUGAGGGCAUGAUCAAGGCACAUGAAAUCCAGGGUUGCUUGGCCUUGGAGAACAGCUUCAACAAGGUCGGUCUUGAUCACGUUGUCAAUGUCAAGGUUGCCUCGACUGCAGUUGUUUCCAAGAUGCUUGGCUUGAACGAGGAGCAGACCAAGGCCGCAAUUUCCCAAGCUUGGGUUGACGGACAGAGCAUGCGUACCUACCGACACUCUCCCAACACCAUGUCCAGAAAGUCCUGGGCCGCUGGUGACGCCUGCCAGCGUGCAGUAGACAUGGCUCUCAAGGUCCUUAAGGGCGAGGGUGGUGUCCCAACUGUCCUCUCCACUCCUACCUGGGGUUUCUACGAUGUCAACUUCAGAGGCAAGAAGUUCAAGUUCCAGCGACCAUAUGGCAGCUACGUCAUGGAGAACGUCCUGUUCAAGGUUUCGUACCCGGCUGAGUUCCACUCGCAGACAGCUGUGGAGGCUGCUGAGCGCAUCCACCACCAGCUCAAGGAGAUGGGCAAGUCCGCCGAGGACAUCGAAUCUGUUGUCAACCGCACACACGAGGCCUGCAUUCGUAUCAUUGAUAAGCAGUUCAAGCCCAUGGACAACUACGCCGAUCGUGACCACUGUGUUCAGUACAUGGCUGCUACUAUGUUGGUCUUUGGCAGACUUACUGCUGAUGACUACACUGAUGGUGGUGAGGCUGCCACAAGCCCACUGGUCGAGAGCCUGAGACAGAAGAUCGAAUGCCGAGAAGACCCACAGUUCACCGCAGACUACCAUGACCCAGAGAAGCGAACUAUCUCCAACGCUCUGACCGUCAAGCUGAAGGACGGCACUGUGCUUCCAGAGGUUGUCGUUGAGGCACCUCUUGGACACAGACUGCGCAGAGAAGAGGCCAAGCCAGAGAUCCUGCUCAAGUUCAAGAACCACAUUGCACCACACUUCUCUGCUGAGCAUACCAAGAAGUUGGUCGACCUCCACAACGACACUGCCACCCUUUACAAGAUGCCCGUUGACGAAUACAUGGAUCUGUACGUGAAGGAAAAGAUUUUGUAAAUACUUAGAGUGCAUUGAGGUAUUUCCGCUGUAUUGCUCAGCGAAUAUCAUUGGAUAAACGGGACAAAAGAGCCUGCAAGUUCACGAUUCGAAGACAGUCUCCCGCACUGCCCUUCCAGGCCACACAGCCUGAGGCAGGCGUCUUCAGAAACAAGCCUUCCGCCAAGAGUGCC